AUGCCGGCUCUCGUUCGAUCAGUGGAUGGGCGGAGGGAGAUGGUGUGCGUGGAUGGGGGCAUGGUUGCCAAUAACCCUACUGUAGCAGCGUUCCUUCACAUAGUUGCCAACCCGUCCACCUUCAAACCUCCCGGAGAAAACAACAAGAACGGUGCAAGCAACAGUGCUAGCAUCAGGGGAAGCAACAAUACAAGCAUUGCCGCAAGCAACGGUGCAGGCAGUACCGACGUUGGGGAAACGAGAGGUGGGGGGAUCAAGGCAUCAUCUGCAGCACCGUGUGCUGCAGUUCAUGCCUCGUCUUCUGCACCUGUUGCUGCUUCAGAUAGCUUUUCACAGGCAGCGGCAGGGCGUGGGAAAAACUCACCUGCAGCAGCAAUGGUUGGUGCAGCAUCUGCUGAUGCGAGCUGUUUAUUAGCUGGAGAUAUUGAGGAGGCAGCAGAGGUGGGUGCGAGCCCGCUGCUUCAUAGUGCUUUGGGGGAGAGUAAAGAUGGGAAUGGGGCAGGGGUUGAGAGAGAGGCAAGGGAAGCAGGGGCAGGCAGCAGGGGUGCAGAAACAGGUGUGAGAAGUGGGGGAGGGGAAGCGGGAGCAGAAAGAAGAGGGGAGGGAGUAGCAGAAAGAAGGGGAGCGGAAGGAGGAGGGGAAGCAGCAGCAGGAACCGGAGGAGAGGAAGCAGCGGGAAGCAAUGAGCUGUAUGGGCAGCCUCUACCUCGACCUCGGUUGACGUUCCGAGACCUGGUGGUGCUGUCGCUGGGAGCAGGGGAGCACAUGCAGCGAUACUCGAUUGAUGAUGUCAAAAAGUGA